AUUUUCAGCGCGGUAUUUGAAGUGUUUUUCUCAUAAGGACGAGAUGUUUUGAAAUAUUUAGGUUCUAAGUGCUGCAAAACGGGACUUAUGGAUGGAGCAUGAUGCUGCAGAUCAUACUAUUCAGUUCUCUCAAACAAUGAAACUCAUACGAGGGAGCUCUUGGUACUGGGGCAAUAUGUCAUGGAGAGAUGCGGAAAAAGUAUUAAUGAAUCAACAACCAGGAACCUAUCUCGUACGAGAUUCAGCUAGUGAUCGCUAUAUUUUCACUAUAUCAUAUCGAACAAAACAUUCUGUUCAUCAUACACGUCUUGCACAGCAUGGUGGAAAUUUUUGUCUUGGAGGGCCAAAUUCAUUGGUGAAAGCGAAUUCGUUAGUUUCAUUCAUCGAAAAUUCGUUGCAGAGCUGCGGUAGAAGACGAAUCUGCAUGUUAAUGCACCCGAAAAAUGAUAGUACAGAGAUCGAAAUUCUUGAGCUAAAUCACUUGCUACACCGACACGAACUUCUGCCAUCUUUGAAAUAUUUGUGUAGAGUGGUCAUACGUAACUGUGUUGAGAAAGAGCUACUUGCAUCUUUACCUUUGCCACCAAAUAUAAUUUGUUAUUUAGAAGACCCGAAAUACUUCGUCCCUCCUUGUCUGUAUCGGUGAGUUUUUUAAAUUCUGGAGCUAAGCAUUUAGGUCGCAAGAGUUAUUCUUUUGAAACUCAACUUGUGCAUGAUUUUGUCCGUUCUUUGCUUUUUUCCCACAAUUCCAACAUCUCAUCACUACCGGCAACCUGUGUCAAAAAUCUUAUUGUCCACAAUGGAGAAUUUUGAAAUUUCUUAUCUUUUAUGUCUAAAACUGUUUUAAUAUUUCGUCUUUCAAGGGCAAGCUAAUUGCACAUAGAAUAUAAUUAGUAUAAUUGGGUACAAUAUAACGGUUGGUAUAUAUAAUUGCAUUUGUUACAAUUUGGUACGUACUUCGACAUAAUGUUGUUUUUAAUUUUUUAUUCAUUUUUUCAUUUUAUUGGUAAUAUUUCCUCAUGGUAAAUAGUUUUGA